CCGAGGAACCCGUCGCCCACAUUGGGGCUUACCCAGUUUACGAAAAUCCCUGCGCCGAUUCUUGUAAGUCUUUUUUUCACCUUCAUUUCACUUUCAACACCACUUCAUCAUCAACACUUCAUCGACCACACCUCGCCGCCAUGUCGCACCGAAAAUUUGAAGCACCAAGACACGGCUCGCUGGCGUUCUUGCCUCGCAAGCGCGCCAGUCGCCAUCGUGGAAAGGUCAAGUCGUUCCCAGCUGACGACAAGAAGAAGCCAGUUCAUCUCACCGCCGCCAUGGGCUACAAGGCCGGCAUGACCACGAUCGUCCGAGACCUCGAUAGACCCGGCGCGAAGAUGCACAAGAAGGAAAUUGUCGAAGCCGUCACAGUCAUUGAGACUCCUCCCAUGAUUGUUGUUGGUCUCGUUGGCUACAUCGAAACUCCCCGCGGUCUCCGAUCCCUCACCACUGUCUGGGCCGAGCAUCUCAGCGAUGAGCUGCGACGAAGAUUCUACAAGAACUGGUACCGAUCGAAGAAGAAGGCUUUCACCAAAUACUCCAAGCAGCACUCAGACAGCAAGGGCUCCUCAAUCACUCGUGAACUCGAGCGCAUCAAGAAGUACUGCACUGUCGUCCGUGUUCUUGCACACACUCAAAUCCGAUCGACCCCUCUCAAGCAAAAGAAGGCACACUUGAUGGAGAUCCAAGUCAACGGUGGAAGCAUCCCAGACAAGGUCGAGUUUGGCCAGGGUCUCUUCGAGAAGCCAGUCGAGAUCGACACCGUCUUCGAACAGGACGAGAUGAUUGACGCCAUCGCGGUCACCAAGGGUCACGGAUUCUCAGGUGUCACCAGCAGAUGGGGAACCAAGAAGCUGCCCAGAAAGACACACAAGGGUCUCAGAAAGGUCGCUUGUAUCGGUGCAUGGCAUCCUUCCCACGUCCAGUGGACUGUUGCUCGUGCCGGUCAAGAUGGUUACCAUCACCGUACUUCUGUCAACCACAAGGUCUACCGUAUCGGCAAGGGCAAAGACGAGAAGAACGCCGCCACCGACUUUGAUGUUGUCAACAAGCAGAUCACACCAAUGGGUGGAUUCGUCCGCUACGGUGAGAUCAAGAACGACUUCGUCUUGCUCAAGGGCGCUGUUCCAGGUGUCAAGAAGCGAGUCAUCACCCUCCGCAAAUCCAUGUACCCUCACACUUCUCGCAAGGCUCUUGAAAAGGUCGAGCUCAAGUGGAUCGACACCUCAUCCAAGUUCGGUCACGGUGCUUACCAGACUCCUCAGGAGAAGAGACAGUUCUUGGGUACGCUCAAGAAGGAUCUUGUUGCUUCUUCGUAAACAAUUGCGGUUGGUCUGGCGUGGUCUCAUUGAUGGUGAUGUACUUGAUGCUCAUUUUCAGAGUGAAUCGAGAAAAGAUACGCCCAUACGUGCUGCAUGCCGACUUUUAGUCGGCAAUACUAGCGGUAGUCAAUGGCCGUAUGCGAACGAACGUUUCAAUGAAAUCAAUUGAGCUAAA